AUGUGCAGACCUGACGUACACGCUACCCCCGCUCCCUCGCUCCCCCUUCUAACCCCCCACCCCUGGCCAGUCCCGAUGACGAAGCUGGCUGUUGUGUGCCGCGCCGUGCCAAGCGCGCUCGAGAAGCAGACGUGCAAGCUGACACGCAUCGAGCGCCAGACGAUCUCGCUCCCGAUCGUGCCGGAGCAGCACAGGGCGUACGUGCAGGUCUUCAAGGAUAUGAUCGAGGAAGGCCACAGCAUCGAGCUGCCGGAGCUGAGCGAGCUGCCUGCGUCGAUGUUCGUGGAGGACGUGUCGAUGCUGUACAGCGUGUGCGCCGUCGCGCCGCCCGGAGGCGGACUCGAUUCUGGACACGGUGAGGGCUCUGCGCUCGGAGAACAAUGGCAUUCAGGCACCGCGCACUGUUGGCGGCGGCGACGUGCUGUACGUUUCGAGUUCGAAGUACAUGUUUGUGAGCAGGUCGACGCGCUCGAACGCCGCAGCGCUCGAGCAGAUGAGGGAGUACCUCGGCAAGCCCGGGAUGGAGUACGCACCGUGCGCUGUGAAGAGCUGUCUGCACCUGAGGUGUGCGACGAGCUUCGUGUGGGAGAACACGCUGCCGCUGAACCCCAAGUGGAUCGACCCGGCGACCUUCACCUCGUGCGGGCUCAGUGUGGUGGAGGUCGACCCCGGCGAGCUGGGGCAGCGCGAAUGUGCUGA